GGAAUUGCUCCAAUGGUUAAGAGCGAAUGGUUGUCCAUGGAAUGAAGGUACAUGUGCAUUGGCGGCUGAAAAUGGCCACUUCAAAAUUUUAAAGUGGGCUCGUGAAAACGGUUGUCCAUGGGAUGAAGGUACAUGUGCAAUGGCAGCUGGAGGUGGACAUUUGGAAGUAUUGAAAUUUGCGCACGAAAAUGGCUGUCCAUGGGAUGGGUCAGUGUGCUGCCAUGCUGCUGAAGGUGGUCAUUUGGAGUUGUUGAAAUGGGCAAGAGAAAAGGGAUGCCCAUGGGAUGUUUGGACAUGUUCGUAUGCUGCUAAAAAUGGCCAUUUGGAAGUUGUAAAGUGGGCUCAUGAAAAUGGUUGUCCAUUGGAUCAAUCAACAUGUCAACAUGCUGCUGAGAAUGGACAUUUGGAAUUGCUCCAAUGGUUAAGAGAAACUGGUUGUCAAUGGGAUGCGCGGACAUGUGCCCGUGCUGCUGAAAAUGGACAUUUGGAAAUUUUAAAGUGGGCUCGUGCAAAUGGGUGUCCAUGGGAUCCAGUACCAUUUUCAACUACCAGAUGCAACAAUAGUGUAGUGAUCCAGUGGCUACGUGACAAUGGCUGCGUUGUGUGGAUUGACGGACACUGUGCAUACUAAUGGAUCAACAUCAUUAUGUUGAUAAAAGGUCAAGACUUCCUGGCUAUAUGCAAAGAUCCCUACUACAAAGUUAGGCGCCGAUAGACCGAAUGAGAAUUUGGGUGUUUCUAGUGGGGACAUGCGAGCCAUGUCAAAAACACUUCAGUUAUGUUCUGGAAAGCUGAGUCGAGUCGAUUCCUUCAAUCAGGAUUUGUCUACCUGGAUGUGAGUCCGCAUGUUUCAUGCAUGGAGCCAUCGCAUUUGGCCAGAACAUUGCCAGCUCUCAACAUGAUCAAAAUCAAGUGUACGGGAUGGCGCCUGUUCAUGUGGGAUCCGCAGCAGCAGCCCGGGGGUGUCCCGCUGUACAUGCACGUUGCCUUAUCAUGCGGUAGCCGGAAGAUGAACCGGAGUUCCGCAGCUGAGCAGCCGAUCGUUCAGUCGACUUGACAUCGCAAUGAUAAAUAAAUGAAUACACCUUAUUGAAUAAUCUAUCAGAAAAUCGCUAUUAGUCUGGGUUCACAAA